ACGGAGGGGGCGGAAGUGCGUAGACGGAAGUGAAGGCCGGGAAGCCGGAGCGGGCAGGAGAGAGAGAGAGAGAGACACAGACAGACACAGAGGGGGCGACAUGAUCGUCACUGAGGAUGCCUCCGCCAGGAAACGGAGCAUCGAGGAGAAGCUGCGGCAGGAACAGGAAACAUUGUUAUUCAUCAAGGAAAGCCUGGAGAAAAGUGACCAGUUGACAAAAAAUAUGGUCUCUAUCCUUUCCUCAUUUGAAAGCCGUCUCAUGCAGUUGGAAAACUCCAUCAUUCCGGUCCAUAAGCAGACAGAAAACCUGCAGCGUCUCCAGGAUAACGUGGACAAGACGCUGUCCUGCCUGGACCAUGUCAUCAGCUACUACCAUGUGGCCAAGGAUACCGAGAAGAUCAUCCGGGAGGGUCCUGCGGGACGGCUGGAUGAGUACCUGAGCUGCAUGGCGAGGAUUCAGAAAGCUGUGGAAUAUUUCCAGGACAACAACCCGGACAGCCCUGAGCUCAAUCGGGUGAAGUUUCUCUUUGAGAAGGGCAAGGAGUCCCUGGAGUCUGAACUCCGCAGCCUCCUGACCCGCAACAGUAAGCCCGUCCUCCCUGUGGUCGUCCUGGAUCUGAUCGUGGGGGACGAGGAGAUAGAACCAACAGAGGAGGCACCUCUGGAGCAUCUCCCUGACAACAUCCUGCAGGACCUGAUCUGUAUCUCACUCUGGCUGGUGGAAUACGGCAGGAACCUAGACUUUAUGAACGUGUAUUAUCAGAUCCGCUCUAAGCAGUUGGACAACUCCAUCAAAGGGCUGAAAGACCAUUUCCGUAAGAACAGCACGUCCUCCGGGGUCCUGUACUCUCCCGCUGUUCAGAACAAGAGGAAAGACACUCCCACCAAGAAACCCGUCAAGAGGCCAGUCUACAUCCCAGGCACUGUCCGUAAGGUUCAGAAUCUGCUCAAACCAUACUCUCAGCAUGUGCUGGAUGGGAAAAGGGGUGUUUCUAAUCUCACUCCCAUUGAAGGUCAUGAUCACAACUCGCGGGCUAAACACCUCUCAGAUACGCUGAAUGAGAAGCACGGGCCAGGCUCGGGGAAGGAAGAUGUGCUCGACAGUGAAAUAGACUCUUACAUCAACUGUAUCAGUGCCUUUGUUAAACUGGCACAGAGUGAGUAUCGCUUGCUGACUGAUAUCAUUCCAGAACAUCACCAGAAGAGAACCUUUGAUUCCCUGAUACAGGAAGCGCUGGACAACCUGAUGCUGGAGGGAGAGAGCAUCGUGGCUGCAGCCCGUCGCGCCAUCCUAAGACAUGAAUACUCGGCCGUGCUGACCAUCUUCCCCAUCCUCAAGCACCUCAAACAGACCAAGCCUGACUUCGAUCAGGUGCUGCAGGGCACCGCGGCCAGUACUAAGAAUAAACUUCCUGUCCUCAUCACCUCCAUGGAAACCACGGGGGCAAAAGCGCUGGAGGAGUUUGCUGACAACAUUAAGAACGAUCCUGACAAGGAGUACAACAUGCCCAAGGACGGCACCGUGCACGAGCUGACCAGUAAUGCCAUAUUAUUCCUGCAACAGCUGCUGGAUUUCCAGGAGACUGCGAGUGCAAUGCUGGCUUCACAGGUUCUGGGGGACACUUACAAUAUCCCUCUCGAUCCCAGAGAGACAAGUUCCUCAGCUUCCAGCUAUAGCUCCGAGUUCAGCAGACGGCUUCUAAGCAACUACAUCUGCAAGAUACUUGGCAACUUGCAGUUGAACCUGCACAGCAAGGCCAAGGUUUAUGAGGACUCUGCUCUCGGCGCUGUCUUUCUUCUGAACAACUUUAAUUACAUCCUGAAAUCCCUCGAGAAGUCUGAAUUAAUCCAGCUUGUAGCAGUCACGCAGAAGAAUCCAGAUAAAGCCUACAGGGGGAACAUCGAGGAGCAACUACUCACCUACCAGCGCAGUUGGUUGAAGGUCACUAUGUCCAUCACUGAGGGGAAUAUGCCAGCUUUCCAGCCCGGAACUAAAUUAAAGGAUAAGGAGAGGCAGAUGAUUAAAGACCGAUUUAAGGGGUUUAAUGACGGCCUUGAGGAGCUGUGCAAAAUCCAGAAGUCCUGGGCCAUUCCCGACAAGGAGCAAAGGGAUAAAAUCCGGAGAGCCCAGAAAGAGAACGUGACUGUAGCCUAUCGAGGCUUCUGGCAAAGGUAUUCCAAUGUUCCCUUCACCAAAAACCCUGAAAAAUAUAUUAAAUACAGAGUGGACCAAGUAGAAGAAAUGAUUGAAAAGCUCUUUGACACUUCAGCCUGAUCUCUGCACCUGGAAAAACCCUCUCACGAGUCAUGUAUUUGCUACCAACCAAUGUACAAAGCUGUAUUAUAAAGUGACUGUGUCCAUCGACUGGAGAAAAACAAAGCACAUAAGAAGUA